AUGGUGCAUGGAGGAGGCAGCCGCAGCGGUGGGUCUCGGGGCGGAGGAGAAGCGAGAGUGUCCUCACACCACCAAAGCAAUCGCCAACAGCACACCCGCGGCAGUUCCAACAGCAGUCGCACCGUGCAUCACGCGAAUCAUCGUGAUUCGAGCCCACGAAACGGAGGCAUUGCAACCAGUACGACGCCGAAUCGCACUAGAGGAGAGAACGAUGGUGAAUUCGCUCGCCAUGGAGCGAGCUCACGAAUGCAUCAUGGAAGGACCAGUGGCAGGGAGACUCCCUCCAGAGUCGAGGAUAUCGGUCAAUUCACUCGCCAUGGAGGCGGAACCCGCACUGGGAGGAGCAGCCAUCGUCAUGGGUUCUUUGACCGAUUUCGCCCUUUUUCGAUUUACAGCAAUCGUCAUCGUCGCCGUGAAGAGGAAGAAGAAGUGCCAGUAGAGCGAUCGAACCAUUGGCGGCAAAGAGAGCCGCUCUUAUGGAGGAGAACCCACAGACAAAGAAGACACGUUAUACCCGGAGGUGACGACGAUGACGAUGACGGAUGCGAUUGCAACCCAUGUCUGUUUUGCUGUUGUUUCCUUAGCUGUUUGACUUGCUGCUGUCGAGAAGGCGUUAGUGGUCUAGGUCGCUCUUGUGGAAACCUAUUUGGCAGUCCUGGUCGCUUUUGUGGUGACACCUGCGGUAGUCUGUUCUCCGCAAGUCGAUCGACUCUUCCAGUGUUGGUGGCGACCGCGCUUCUCUUUGCCAUUUUGUGCGUGUUCUCCAGCCAGAACGAAACUUGGACUUUGAAUGCUGGAGAGAGCCGACAAAUCCAUCCCACUUGGUUGACUCGGGCUGUGGAAGUUCAAUAUCUAUGGAGCCAACACGAUGCUAUCGAUGUUUCGGUCUAUGCAUUUGCUAAAAAGUGCCCGCCUUUAACAGGUCCAAUCAAGAAGGUAUCGGAGCAGCAUGGCAUGACCUUUGGAAAUCAAGAUUUUCAAUUUGAUUAUUUCUUUCUCAACAAAGGGUCCAAGGUGGAGGCCGAUUUUACGCAAUUGCAAGGAGCCAGCAACGUGUAUCUGCUGAGAGGCCAAGACAAAAUCUCUAUACUGCAACAAGAUGACAUUCUUCACGAUGAGGACAAAUGGUCGGACUUGCUCAAAAGUUCAUUGAAAACAUGGAGGCUGAAGGACACGUAUCGUCAACCGACUGUGGGGCGAUUUCAAGCGGACCGCAACGACGCAUAUACCCUGCUCUAUGAUAACCCCUACCCAAGGGGCGCUGAUUUGCUUGUGGACUUGUGGUUCGAACUAACAACAUUCAACGUCAAAGGAAAGACCCCAAUCUGCUCUGAUAUUGCUUUCAACUCCUGCCCUCCUAUUCAGACCGAGUUUGCAAAGUGCAUCAUUCUAGACACAUCGCCGUGGCACGACAACAGCCAAGGCAAUGAGGAGAUUUCUAUCAGAAUCAUUGGGAAACGUGAUUUCUCCUUCAUUGCGUUGCUUUCAUUGAUCCCUGGCGUCUUGGUCAUUCUGUACAAGAUUUGGAGCUGUCUCAAGAACCGAAGGAGAACCUCUAGGCAGCGCGUUUCACGAGAAGAUGAGGAGCACGGAGGGGCCAACGCAUCCGCACGCGAAGGAACUGCAGCCACUGCCCCGCCUUCCGAAGAAGAUGAGUCAUCGACACCACUUCUUCGUCCAAGCGCGCCUCUGGCUUCGGAAGAUGCUUCAGCACCAGCCGAUGAGGCAAUUCCUGUUGCCGCUGCUCGGAUUGUCGAAGACUCAGCACCCGACGCCAUCGCUGUGACACCCGUGGAAGCCCCAAGGGACGGAACCAAAUAA